UGAAAAUAAUAAUCCAUCGAAUAAGUCAGUGGGAAGACUGGACAGACUGGAUACUGGAUAGGAAUUGUUUUCAUAUAGUAUAGUGUUGGUUAGUCAUGAAAACUGUAUCACAUGGCAUUAACCUCAGAGAAGAUGUUUAACUGGGACGAGGAGUGGAAUAUCUCUUUUGCAGGCUGUGGAUUUAGGAGUAUUUACUACCUGGGAGCUUUGAGCUGUAUCCUUGAGGAGGUCCCACAGCUGGUUCAUGGAGCCUCUAAAAUCUGUGGAGCUUCAUCUGGUUGUCUUGUGGCUGCAGCUCUGACAGUUGGGAUUCCUAUUGAACAGUUGUGUGUCGAUGUAUUGAACACGGCGAAAGAGGCCAGAAAACACACACUGGGAGUUUUCCACCCAACCUUCAGUCUGCUGCGUAUUGUACGGGAAUCCCUGCUGGAGAGGCUGCCAGCAGACGCCCACCUUCGGGCCUCUGGAAAGCUCUGCGUGUCCCUCACCAGACUGGCUGAUGGGAAGAACAUUUUGGUGUCAGAGUUCGACAGCAGAGAGGAGCUCAUUCAGGUUCUCAUGUGCAGCUGCUUUUUCCCUAUUUACUGUGGUUUCAUGCCACCCUCAUACCGUGGAGUGCUCUAUAUGGAUGGAGCCCUGAGCAACAACAUGCCUCUGUUCGAGCAGAGAAACACCAUCACUAUGGCCCCCUUCUCAGGCGAGAGCGACAUCUGCCCCAGUGAGGGCACGUUCAACUUCUUAGAGGUUCACUAUGGCAACGUUAGCAUCCAGGUCAACACAGGCAAUGUGUACCGGGUCUGGACAUCCUUCCUCUCUCCCAGACUUGAGAAGCUUGCUGAAAUCUGUCACAACGGCUACAAGGAUGCUCUUUCUUUCUUGAGUGAAAGAGAUCUGCUUGGGCAGCAUCUUACCACCAGUUUGGUGGCGGACACAGACGCGAUCAGACCUGCUUGCUGUGAGCAAGCAGAAGAGUCAAAGACGACACUGUUGAAUGGACAAAACCCUCAGCAACAGGAAGAUCAUUUAUGGCUGGACCAGAAAGUCAUAGAGAACCUCCCAGUUAGCUUCAAGAAAGUGCUGUGUGAGGCAUGCAGGGACAGUCAUGAUGGCAGCACUCAGUGGUCUCAGCUCAUUAAGUUCCUUCCAGCAAAAGUGCUUAUGUAUCUGCUGACCUUCCUAAUGCUUCCUGUUGAACUGACCUUCUUACUCACCAAAAGCAUGAUAUCAGGCUGUGCAGCGACUAGCAGACUGCUGACGUCGACUGCAGAACUUUGCAGGCUGACAUGGAACAGCGAAGGCAAGGAACCUAACAGUGCAUUUCCAGAGCAGCGCUGCAGCAGCAGGUCCUAUAAUUCAGACCUCAGAACCCAGAUAGCAGGAGACAAAAACAUUAAACGCCAGGAAUUCCAACAAAACUCUUCACUGGAUCCAUCCACCCCCAAAACACCUUCAUGUGGCAAGAUGACUUUAAACCACAGAAGUAAACAGAUGUGUCAUCAACCAUAACCCAGGCAAAACAAACAAAAAACAUUUGAUUUUAUAAUUUUAGCCACCCCAGUAGCUCACCUGGUAGAGCAUGUACUAAGGAUAAGUCCUUACCACAGUGGCCCGGGCCCUUUGCUGCAUGUCAUCUCCUCUGUCCUGCAUUUCCUGUCUCUCUCCAGCUGUCAAUGUCUGAUAAAGGCAAACAGCCUUUAGAAAAUGAUCUUGAAAGAAAAUAAUUGCAAAUGUGAAACUUUUUUAUGAAUGACAUUUGUUGUGUAGAAGAAGAAAUGCUUGUUUGUUUGGA